UCCGAUCCGAUAUGAACACAUUUUCCAGUUACAUAUGAGAAACUCUAAGGAUUUUAAGAAUAAGUUUCAUCGGGCCAUCAGCUAUUGAGUCCUGGUAGCCCCGACUACAAACAGCAACCAUGCGCGUCGCAGCCUUCUAUGGCUACUUCGCACUCUUCGGAGGGACGGCUGAAGCGAUUCUCCAAUCAGGUACCUGCCCAUGGAGCCCAUUGCAGAUUAUCGGGGAUCAAAUAUGUGCUAGUCAAAUCCCAGUACGAAGUUCCUUACGAGGCAAACUUGCAGAAGGACAAAAGGGGGCCCAUGAUUCUAUUUCACUACAUCCGGAUUGGAAAGGCCCAGAACAUUGCGUUAAUGGGACAUGUAUAUUCUCAAAUAAACGCAUAGGCGAUGGCAUUGUCCUUCUCACCACCGAAAGGAAUGCACAAAUAGCGAGCAACUUCCCGCAUAAUAACAGCUCUACGACGACUACUCCUCCUUUUCAUGUAGCCGAAAUACGUGGAAAGGGAGUUGGAGUUAUCGCCGAUAGAAAGAUCCUCAAGGGUGAAACUAUCUUAAUACGAUCGCCUACGAUGAUGGUGCAAACUGCUCCCCACGUGGGCAUGGAACCAGGGACGAGAGAGGUACUCUACGACAUCGCUAUAGGAAAACUCCCUAGUAAAGGACAAGGGCUCUUCAUGGGACAGAUGGGCAGAGAUGUUCAUGACAAGAUCGAAACGAAUUGUUUUCAACUGUACAUUGACGGAGCGAAUGAUUCUGGGAGCCACCUCGGCUGUUAUCCAGAGAUAUCCCGAUUCAACCAUGAUUGUAGACCAAAUAUCCACUAUCGCAUAAAUAACAUGACUCAUACAACUGUUGCUGCGCGUGACAUUGCGCCAGGCGAGGAGCUAAGCAUUAGUUAUAUCGAAUUAAUGCUCUCGCGAGAAGAGCGCCGCUCCCGCUUACGCCAGUGGGGAUUUGAAUGUGCCUGUUCACACUGCAGCAUGAGUGAUGAGGAGGCAGCAGCCUCAGACGCGAGGCUCCAAAAGAUCGAGGAAUUAGAGACCGCUUUAGAGAACUUCAAUGAGACACUUGUCACUGCGGAGACCGGUGCACAACUGGUAAACCUUUAUCACAAGGAGAGGCUCGACAUUUAUCUUGGACAAGUGUAUACUCGGGCAGCUUUGAACUUCGCGCUUUUUGGCGAGGAGGAGAAGGCGAAGGAGUAUGCAUUGGCUGCGGUAGAGGCUGUUGAAAGGGAAUCUGGGCCAAAAGCGGGCGACCUUAAGGCAAUGCGGAUUUUAGCAGAAAAUCCAAGAGCGCACUGGACUUGGGGGAAGCGAAGAAAGAGCAAGCCUAGCAAUGGAGUAUGAGCAUGUCCAACUUGUCGUCUCCUAAAUUGGAAUAUGUUGUACAACUACAGGUUACACAGAGGUACCUAGUAUUAUAUUACUCCUAGAAAAUACUCCGGUGUAGAGAUGUCUGCGCUCUGAAAAGAUGAAUCUCCCGCUCGCUGCGUCAUGAAGUGGUUCCACGUAAUAGGGUGAAACCCCUAUAACUAAUAGCCGCUUACUAAGUACCUUUUAGGCAC